UAGUCAGUAGAAGGUAACACAUGCUCCAGGUAAACACACUGGACUAAAUAUUAACAGAGUGAACUGAAAGCAAGAGGAGGAUUAGGCUCCUGCAGACCUACUGAAAGACAUAACUGAUUUUAGGGAGACAUGUUCGCUAUUGAUCCAGUCUCAGUGCUUCUGUCAAUUGUUGCCAUUCUUUUUUUGCUAAAUGCUUUUUAUGGCCGAAAAGGAAAUAACUACAAAAAUUUUCCUCCAGGACCAAAACCUUUGCCAAUAAUUUGAAAUUUGCACAUUUUGGAUACACAAAAACCAUUUCAAACAUUUCAAAAGUUAGCUGAGGAGUAUGGCUCUGUAUUCAGUUUUCACAUGGGAAUGAAGAAAGUGGUUGUAUUGUGUGGCUACGAUGCAGUGAAAGAUGCUCUUGUCAACCAUGCAGAGGAGUUUUCUGAUAGACCUUUCAUACCUAUUUUCCAUGAUACAUCCAAGGGACACGGUAUCGUUUUUGCUCAUGGUGAAAACUGGAAAGUUAUGAGAAGAUUCUCUCUUACUACACUACGAGAUUUUGGAAUGGGAAAAAAAGUAAUUGAAAACCUGAUUAACGAGGAAUGUGAUUCAUUGGUGGAAGUAUUUAAAUCAUACAAAGGAAAGCCUUUUGGCAACAAAAUAAUAAUAAAUGGAGCUGUAUCCAACAUAAUUGUAUCUGUACUACUUAGCCAUCGCUUUGAUUACAAUGACCCAACAUUUGUGAAGCUUAUGGGCUUAAUCAACUCAAAUCUAAUGACAUUAAGAAGUCCUAUGAUUUUGCUGUACAACAUGUUUCCAUCUUUGGUUCGCUUAUUGCCUGGAAGUCAUAAUAUAGUUUUUGAAAAUUUCCAGAAGAUGAAUACAUUAAUUAAAGAGACGUUUGCAAAGCACAAGGACCAGCUGGACAUGAACGACCAAAGAAAUCUCAUUGAUGCAUUUCUUGUCAAGCAACAAGAGGAAAAACCCAAAGGAUUAUUUUUCCAUGAUGAUAAUUUAACAGCUCUUGUGAGCAGUUUGUUUGCAGCUGGAACAGAAACAACCUCCACGACCCUUCGAUGGGGCAUUAUGCUAAUGAUGAAAUAUCCAGAGAUCCAAAAAAAUGUCCAAAAUGAAAUAGACAAUGUGAUUGGAUCUUCUCAGCCUCAAAUAGAACACAGAAAGGACAUGCCGUAUACAGAUGCUGUCAUUCAUGAAAUUCAAAGGUUUGGUAAUAUUGUACCUAACAACCUUCCACAUGCAACUACUUGUGAUGUCACAUUUAGAGGAUAUUUUAUUCCUAAGGGAACAGAGGUCAUCCCACUUUUAGCAUCUGUCCUGCAAGACAAGGCUUAUUUUGAGAGACCAAAAGAGUUUUAUCCUCAGCAUUUUCUUGACUCAGAAGGAAAAUUUGUGAAAAAUGAAGCAUUUCUCCCAUUUUCAGCUGGUCGAAGAAGCUGUGCUGGGGAAAACUUAGCUAAAAUGGAAUUGUUCCUGUUCUUUACAAGACUUAUGCAAGCAUUUACAUUCCGGCCUCCAUCUGGUGUAGAGAUCGAUCUCACCCCUGUAUUCAGCAUCACUUUAAGCCCAUCUGCGCAUGAGAUCUGUGCCUUGCCACGUAACUAGGGCACAUUUUUGAUGAUGAGUGGACAAGAAACAGAUUUCCAAAUAAUCUUCUAAAGGAUAAUCCACAUACAAUGUAUCUGUGUAUAUGUUUAACUCAAUUUGAAUCUUUAGUUUUACUGGUGUAUAGAUACAUUUAAUAUUAAAAGUACAUUAUACAGAA